GACUACCGCUUUCCCUGAAUCGCAAACAGUGUACAACAACACUUUUACCAGUUUUUACUUGGUCUGUGCCAAGUGGAAAGGCUACAAGCAGUAAGGACGCUAUACCGCUAUAAGGCAAAACAGAGAGUUCUUUACACAUUUAUUAAACACGACAGGUGCAACGUAAACCAGAGGUUUGUGUUGAAGAGUCCAUUCGUUCUAGGAUCAACAUGUAUAAGCCACACCACCAGCCAGCCUAAAACUAUUUGGAGCAUCAUCUGAAGAAGAAUGUAUGAUGCUCCCCAGUCCUAUGAUCUAGGUCUAGAAACUCAAUAACAGCAAGACACUAUGGUUAGGUGACCUCAGAUCACAACCACUUCAUUCCAUUUCUGGCUGUCACCUGACUGGUGGUUGCCAUGGCUUUACAAAAUGGAUUCUCCAUCAACUCCACCCCACUGGACGAGAGUGGAGAGACAACACCCCUACUUAAAAAACAAGUGGUGGAUGUUGAUGAUUCAGUACCUCCACAAUGCUGCUCUGCACGCUACAAUCUGGCCAUCAUGAUGUUCUUCGGAUUCUCCGUUGUCUACGGUCUCCGUGUCAAUCUAAGUGUUGCCAUGGUCGCCAUGGUCAAUGGGACCAAUAGCCAACCAACUCUCAACAGCUCAGUUGGCCAUGAGUGCCCAGUGUCCUCCCACGGGAACAACAACGGCAGCCAAACCCCUGACCAACCAGACGGGAUACCUCAGUACUCGUGGGAUUCUCCAACUCAGGGCCUGCUGCUGGGGGCGUUCUUCUUUGGUUACCUGGUGACUCAGAUCCCCGGGGGUUACCUGGCCGGCCACUUUGGAGGGAGUAUCUUCUUGGGGGGAGGGGUGCUUGGCACCGCAGCCCUCACCCUCCUCACCCCCCUGGCAGCCCAGUUAGGACCCUACUGGCUGUUUGGCUUACGGGCACUGGAGGGAUUUGGGGAGGGGGUGACAUUCCCGGCCAUGAUGGCCAUGUGGGCUCGCUGGGCUCCCCCUCUAGAGAGGUCUCGUCUUAUUUCCCUGUCGGGGUCAGGGGCAAACUUUGGGGCUUUUGUAGCCCUGCCCCUCACCGGCUUCAUAUGUCACAGUCUGGGCUGGCCCGCUGUCUUCUACAUGUGUGGGGGUGCUGGUUGUAUUUGGGCAGUUUUCUGGUUCAUUCUGGUGUCUGACCAGCCUGGCACUCAUCCACGAAUCAGCACAAGAGAAAAACAUUACAUCAUCAACUCCAUAGGAAAAGAUGGUGGUGCCCAUGGCUGGUCAGUGCCUUUGUUACCCAUGGUGCUCUCUGUUCCCCUGUGGGCCAUCAUAGUGUCUCAGAUGUGUGCCAACUGGGGUUACUACACUCUGCUCACCUCACUACCCACCUACAUGGACACGGUGCUUCACUUUGACCUCCGACAGAAUGCCUUUCUCUCAGCUCUGCCCUAUCUGGGUGGCUGGGCCUUCUCAGUGAUAUCAGGUGUAGUAGCAGACAGCCUCCUGGAGAAGGAGCUGUUGAGUGUAACAGCGGUCCGCAAGAUCUUCACUAUCACAGGUCUGCUGCUGCCUGCAGCGUUCCUGGUUGCUGUGGGCUUCUCCGGCUGCAGUGGGGUGUUGGCUGUGACCUUCCUCACCCUCUCUACCACUGUAGGGGGCACCAGUGCAGCCGGGGUCUUCAUCAACCAGAUAGACAUUGCUCCACGGUAUGCGGGGGUGCUUUUAGGAAUCACCAACACUUUCGCGACUAUCCCAGGUGUUGUCGCGCCCAUCAUCACAGGUUACCUCACCAAAGAUCACUCCUUGGCGGGAUGGAGGAAUGUGUUCUGUCUAUCAGCCGGGAUCAGCGCCGGAGGAGCGCUUGUCUUCACCUUGUUUGGCAGCGGGAAGAUCCAGAAAUGGGCCCUGGCAGAGGAGGAUCAGGAGCAGGCAGAAACAGAGAGAGAUGGGUUAAUCCCUACAUGAAGCCCUACAAGACAAGACAAGACAAGACAAUGACAUGACCUAAAGGGAAUAGGGCCUGUAAGAAAUAAGCUGACCUCAGGUUAACUUAACUCCCCAUCAGGUGGUUUUAAAAAGGAUGGACCAGUGCAUUUUAAUAGUCUCUUAGUACACUGUGUUGGGAAUGGGACCCUAUAUAUAUAUACAUUAUUCAUUAUUCAUUAUUAUAUACAUUAUUCAUGAUAGAAUUAGGGACUUUUUAAAAUGGCCUCUUUAUAUUCCAAAUACCUUUCUUUAGUAUUGUUUACAACAAUCUGUUUCUGACCACGUUUCAUAUUUAUACUGAACAAAAAAAUAUAAAUGCAACAAGUGUUUGUUUCAUGUUUCAUGAGUUGAAAUAUUUCUCUGAUUUUCUGCACAAAAUUUGCCAAAAUAAUCUAUCCACCUGACAGGUGUGGCAUAUCAUGAAUCUGAUUAAACAGCAUGAUCAUUACACAGGUGCACCUUGUGCUGGGGGCAAAAUGCCACUCUAAAAUGUGAAGUUUUGUCACACAAAUGCCACAGAUGUCUCAAGUUUUGAGGCAGUGUGCAAUUGGCAUGCUGACUACAGGAAUGUCCACCAGAGCUGUUGCCAGAGAAUUGAAUGUUCAUUUCUCUACCAUAAGCCGUCUCCAACGUUGUUUUAGAGAACAGCCUCACAACUGCAGACCACAUGUAACCAUGCCAGCCCAGGACCGCGACAUCUGGCUUCUUCCCCUGCUGGAUCGUCUGAGACCAGCCACCCGGACAGCUGAUGAAACUGAGGAGUAUUUCUGACAAUAAUAUAAUAAAAAAAAUAUAAAUAUAAAAAAUUAUUCUGAUUGGCUGGGCCUGGCUCCCAAGUUUGUGGGCCUAUGCCCUCCCAGGCCCACCGAUGGCUGUGCCCCUGCCCAGUCAUGUGAAAUCCAUAGAUUAGGGCCUAAUUAAUUUAUUUCAAUUGACUGAUUUCCAUAUAUGAACUGUAAUGUUUUUUUCUUCAGUGUAUAUAUACAGGAUGAGUCAUUAUACCUUUUUUUACUUAAAUCAAAGAGCUUUACAUGUAAUAAUGGGCUACCCCUAGUGGUAUAAGUAAAUACACAGGCAACUUCUAAUAAACUAGAUUAUUCUCUAAUUGAUCACUUUUAAGUGCUCUUAUACUUUUAUCUGCCACAUUUUAUAAAAAAUACCUGUGCUCUUCCCAGGAUUCAUUGCCUAUGAAUAGCCAUUGUCUGGUCUGUUGGCUAUAUAACAAUUACUGCCCCAAACCGUUUGUGCUUUGAAUAUUUUUUUAUUGGACGACAGACAGACGUACUUACAGAACUUGAACAAUUGAUAUUUUACCGCUACCUACUUGACCUCCCGGCACUUUGCCCUUAAGGACAUUUACUGCACAAAAAAAAUAUGGUUUCCAAAAAUGUUUAAUUUGAGGAAAUGUACAUUCAUGUAAGAAUGUUUUGUUGGUCAAUGUAAAUUCAUGCAAGGACAUUUUGUAAGUGUUAGGUAAAAACAAAUCAAUGUGAAUGUUCAUAACAGAAAAAAAUCUGUUAAAUCAAAAUGUCAUGCUAUUUCCAGUAGCCUACUGGUUUAACUUUCCACUAAAUAAUAUACCAAAUGUUCACAUACUGAA